AUGUCAGAAGUCUUUGGAUUCUCUGAUCUCCCGGCCAUAACAAGGGCAACAUGGGAAAUCUACAGUCAAUGCCAACAAGUUGCAAAGGAUGCGCCCGACGGAUUUCGAAAGCUUGCGAAGGAGCUAGGGUCGCUUCAGGGUGCGAUGCGAGCGAUGACAGAUGACUACGCUUCUAAUACUGCCUUCUUCGGGACGUUAGCGGAAGAUCGACGACUAAUGCUGGAACGAUGUUUACACGCCUGUCUUGAGACCUUGUCACGAUUGACAGAUCUUCUAAACCAUUAUCGUGAAUUGGGAAUAUCAGAUGGAAGACACUUUUGGCAAAGAAUCAAAUGGAGCACGCAGCAAAUGCAGAUCGAAGACAUCAGGUCUAAACUUAUGGUCCAUACAUGCAAUAUGAGCUUAUGCAUGAGCCCAAUUGAAAAUUCCUCCCUGCUCGAAAUCGAACGAAAAAUGACAGAGGCAAUGCAAGAAGAUGAGGAGAUUCUGAUUGCCCUCGAGACAUCCCGACGCGAUUCAGUCCUAAUGGUAUCACCGCUCAGUGUCGAGAGUGGCUUGACCAAUGAGUUCGAAGACGCAUUCUCUCCAGCUAUGUCUCGGCCGACACUACCUCGAACAUCUUCUCGUGGUUCAAAGAGCUCGCAGCAAAUCGGAUAUCAAAGUCCCGGUCGGCCAAGACAUGCAUCUUCUUCAUCUGCUUCCGUGAUGUCUGGAUCCGAUAGUUCUCUCUAUGGUGGGCCUGCUCCAUCUUACUACCCUCACACAAGCCGCUCAUAUUCUCAAAGUUUGACUGGAGAGGUUCAUGUUUCGCGAACCCUUAGUCCGCCUCCCCUCUACGAGAAAUCUGUUGAUAGUCUCGCAACGGAUAAGAUUGCUUGGGAUGAGGAUUCCGAUAAUCAGGACAAGCAGAGUAUCGGGAAAUCCAGCAAUUCAUCCAGCACAGAGUUCGGUGAUAACAAUGUCAUUGAAGCGGUUAAUAGUGCAAUGUAUCAGCUGCGUGAAGUUCGUCUCCAGGAGCAGCUAGCACGCCCAAUCCGCUUCGAGCCACAGAAUAAAGUGCACAAGCCAGAUGAGGAUACCAUCAAGAUAUUCGAAUCCUCAAUAAAUGAGGAGCGACAAAUUCGAAGACUUAUCACAAGUGACUGGCUUCGCGUUGCGACUUGGUGGCUGUUAAAAGCGCGUGCUACGUUGGCCAACUGUAGUAGACACAGCCUUGUCAGUGCACGCGGAGGAAUAAGUAUGCCAGCCGACUCGAGAUCUGUCACGCAACAGGCAUAUGUCGACCUGCUCAAGGCUUCACGAGCAUUCACCGACUAUCUUGACAGACGAAAAUCGAAAAGCGAUUUUGGAUCUUUGGGAAUUAACGAGGAACUUUCUCAGUACACACCUCUUGAUAAUCCAGAACCUUCAAUUCUUCGUGCUCAGAUACUAGACAUCUGGGAGCCUAUCCAAUCUGAGGAGACAUCAGAAAGCGGGUUGGACCUUUCUUUUGGGCUCCACACUGCACGUUGGAUAGCCGUCAACCAGGAAGAUGCUGGCAGCGAAGAAGAACGUGUGCUUUAUCGCACCUUCGUGAACGCAGGAAUCGGAACCAAGAAGUUUCGAAUGCGUACCCGAGGUGCUCCAUACAUGUUCCUUUUGACAGCCAAGGAUGGCGAAAUCAUUCCUGAUGAUUUACCACCAUUAAUCAAUCUCAUCAAUUCAACUCGCACUGGGUUCCCAGGAGCCCAAAUCUCAGAACCUAUUUCAUUCAAAUUCGACAAUACAAGUGUCUCGAUAUCUUUCCAGUUCGAAGCAGAUCUAGCACACUUCAUCAAUAUUCCCAAACUCUACUUCGACUCCGUCUGGUCAAGGGAGCCGAUCGAUUCCAAAGAAUUCACCGAGACGGUCAUUUUCAAGGGUUCAGUACAGACGUUCGAACAACUAAAAACCCCAACCAUGAAGGCGAUGAACCCACCAAUGUUGAUCAAGUCUUGCGAUGUUCGCAUACUCGAGAGAUCAUUUGGGGAAACCUGGCGCUGCAUUAGGAGGAUAGUAAUCAGUCCAUCGGUGGCAGAAAGAAGCCCCCGGUGCCUUGAAUUCUUCAUGCCCCUCAGUCGGGUUCAAGUCAAACGCGAAGAGCUAUCCCGCCAGGUACUUCUCAAGUGGUCCGAUACUUGCCAAGAGAGAUCAGACAAAACAGAUGGAAAUUACAACACUCUCCACUCAUAUGUGUAUGAUCACAGUGCCCCAAACAUCGGGAUAGGAUUACAGUUCAGCACCCAGCAAAAUGCAGAAGACUUUGAAAGAGCCCUCAUGGAAAUAAAUUUCAAAUCAAGCUUUUCAUGGUCUGAGCCUAGUGGCUCUUCCGGUCGCAUAUAUGAUGUGGUCGACACAGGAACUGAGCACAAGCAGUACAAGGCAGCUGUUCUAAUACAGAACAGUGGACCAUGGCGCUAUUCGGAUGUCUUUUACCUGUAUCGCGACACAGACUAUAGCUAUCAACACUCAUCUCUCCGUGUGCGAUUUCCUCACGCCUCUUACGCGGAUUACAUCUCAUCUCACUCUGAUCAGCUCUAUGUAGCCGAUAAGCCCGUUGUCUUUUCACAUACCGAGAAAAAGACAAAGGCAGCCAUGUUCAAAUUCGACAGCGAUUCCAUCGCACGCGCAUUCAUGAGUUCUCUCUCACCAUCAUAUGAUCUUGUUUAUUCUCGACGGAUACACUCCCUCUCAAUAAAAACCAAUAUGCUAGGGAGCAAGAGAUCGGGCAAAGGGGAUGCUGAAAUUCAACUUUGGCAACGUGGAAAUACAACCCAGCUUGCUGCACGCUGGAACGACAGUGUCCCUGAUAAGUGGCUGACUAUGUCUCUGCCAGGGGACUUUUCUGACUCCCCAAAGGAUAAUUUGCGAGUGAGCUUUGCGAAAUUGCCUUAUUUUCGUGGUGUGAGUCUAGAUUUGAUGAAUAUAAUGGCUCGGAGUCCGAAGACAACCAGCGUCAUUAACCGUGAAGGUGCUAUAUCUAUAUCUUUUAAACGUGUGAAAGGUUCGUAUGUCACGAUGUCUUUCCUUGUUUUCUUUUGCUAA